AUGCUACUGAAGAUCGCGGCCCAGUCCAUCGUGUCACAAUUGGCACCUUCCGGGCAUGUCAAGGGUGUGCAACAGCGAGAUCGCGCUGCUCUGGGGGCUCCCCAUGCGCCAGGUGCAAGCAACACCCGGAAGCUAGAAUGCGUAUAUCCCAAUAAGCGACGUAAAGGCUCUGCAUCAAACAGUCACCCUGGAGAUGGAACCGACAAUGGCGAACCGAGAGAGAAACACCCGGGGCAUUUCAGUGAAAUGGUUUUCGCUGCCAAUAGCCUGUCACAGGAUCCGUCUGCAGACAAGUCGACUAUGAAGCCCCCAGCUCCUCCUUCAGCACUGGGGUCUGGUCGUAGUCUGGAGUUAUACGGCCAUGCUGCGCUAAUUGAUAGUUAUAGUCAACCGCCUCAGCCUGUUUCCGGGUCCAGUAGGUUACUGGUGGCGGACGACACACUACCCCCUUCUCUAGGUCAUGCACAGCCAGAAAGCCAGUUCCCAGACGGUCCCGUAGCAACGCAAUUCGACACGGAUUUUGCCGGAGUACUUCAAACGUACGACUACAAUACAUUUGAAGACGAGCCAUUGAAUUGGAUUCCGCCUUCGCUGAUUCCUUCACCGUAUGAUGCGGAACUGGAGCAGGACUUCUCCUUCAUACUUCCUUCCUUAUCAACUGAGCCGACAAUUGGGACCGAAUACAAUAUAGCGGUCCCAUUUGACCCGAACUCUCAAGUCUACCAAGUCCAGGACGUCUCCCCGGAAACGUCAGACUCACACAAUUUCCCAGCAGCAUUUAUAGGCAUGGAGGCUAGCCCCUCGUCAUCAGCGAGCGAUGGCCUGAACAUGGCCAGAUCUGCCAACACGAUAUCAUCCACCGAUCCAAAGCGCAAGAAGCGUAAAAUGUCCCAUAUCCCAGAGUCCUUUAAUACCCCCAGGAACCAACAGAGUUCUUUUGCUUUUCCUCCAUCAUCCGAUUCUGCCAGUAUGGGAACAUCUGGCGACCCAAGUGGCCAUGUCACUUAUUCGACAUACCAAACCAUUAGGGACCUCUUUCAAAUUUUAUGUCUCGAUACCAGAGGAUCACGCAAAUUCGCGCAGUCAGAUUUUCCCACUGUCGCCGAUUUCAACACGUGCACCGGGCUUUACUUCGAGCACUUCCACCACGGCUUUCCAUUGGUUCAUCGACCAUCAUUCGGACCUCAGACGCGCAUGAUAGUGGUGCUUGCAGUGGCUACAAUAGGCAGCAAUUUUCUAAAAACACAGCGUGCCCUCGAUUUCCGGGACGCCUGUCAAGAGUUUCUCCGGCGAGCAAUACACCAUUACUCGGAUGGUAUUCCUGAUUCUGAUCCUUUAGAUGUUCCACUAGCGCAAGCUCGGAUCCUGAAUCUCGUCGCUCUACUGCAAUCGGAUCGUGACCAGCUUCGAUGCCUUGCCCCCCGCUAUCACGCCGAUCUGUCGCAAUGGUGCCUUGCAUCCGGUAUUCUUCAGGUUCCGGAUGUUGGCGAUUUUUCAGAUACGGAGGAAGGCCCCCUCAUCCACGGCGAAAGCUUGGAUGCCUGGCAAAGUUGGAUCCAAAGAGAAUCACUGCGCCGAGUUGGCUACCUUGCAUGGUUGCUCGAUUGCUGUCUAGGCUAUAUGGCCAAUGCACGCCCGUUGUGUAACAUGGACGAUGCUCGGACACCCCUACCAUGUAUGGAAUCGGCUUGGGAAGCUCCAACGGUCGAUCUUUGGAUGCAAGCCAUGGGACAAAGCUCCAAGACCCCUUCGUUAUGCGUUGCGCUUGAGACUCUUUACAAGAACAAGAAAGUGGGAUUGGACUACAGCGAGCUGUCUCAAGUCUUGUUGAUACAUGCGCUUUACCUUCGGACUUGGGAGGUUGGAACUCACAUCAAGCAACCACUCAGCGAAUGGGUUCCGACUGGAAAGGCACGAGGAUUCUUGAACACCCCUUCUAAGGAUAAUUUCUGGCUCCCGCUAUAUCCUUUAUACGCCAAUUGGAGAAACAGCGCCUGUGACUGUCUUGAUGUUCUGACUUGGCAUGCCUCUAGCGUUGUUGCCCAUGCUUCAGGAGUCGAACAUCAGGUCAUGCUUCAUCUGCAUCUUGCUCGCAUAGUCCUCCUCACCCCGUUCCAAGAAAUUCAAGAUUUGCUGUUCUCGUUGAUUGGCAAGGUCGGGAAUUCGCCCGUGGCAAGCUUCUACGUUCACGAUGGUAGCUAUCAACCUCGCAACAAGGCAAAGCUGCCACAAAUCAGGAAGAUCACAUGGCGUUGGCUGCGGGAGGACCAACACAAAGCUCGCCUGGCAAUGAUUCAUGCUGGCUCGGUGUUUUGGUACGUUCGGCGGUACUCGGCGAUGAGCUUUUACGAACCCGUCGCAGUUUACCUGGCCUCGUUGGUGCUCUGGACCUACGGUUCAUACAAGUCCAGCGCUUUGGAUAGGGAUGCUGCUGCUGGCACCGCGGCUAACCAGAGGCCCGAGGGUGGCCCGAGCGGGCCCGACGCCGGUGCUGCGAUCCAGCCCUCGCGUGUCGAGAGGAAAGAAAGGCAAGCAAAGUUCAUGAACAAGUCGACCGCGCACCACGCCGACCGUCAACUUACUUCUCCUCCACAUGCCACUUUUGUGUCGGCCCACGAGAAUCGCGUCGAUAAUCCGGCAACUUCUCUGGCCCAGGACAGCUCUGAUGCCGACAGUGAUGAUACGUCGUCUUCAGAUGAGCGACCCGAGUUCAUCCAUCUGGACAGGCCUUGUGAUGAUGAGAUCAUCCAGCACUUUGUCCGAAACGGUCAGAGUAUGGCCGGUUAUAUGACGAAUGUAGGGAAUAUCUGUGAGACGCCCCAGAAGGUGCUCCUCGAAGGUGCAAAACUGCUUCGAACGAGGCUCGCAUGCUGGGGGGUAAGCAGAGAGUAUUACGACAUCUUGAUGAAAUUGGCGGAGCUCAGGAAGGCAGGCUAA